AUAAAUUUUCUUAUAGGCAGACAAUCUUUUACAAUUUGGGGAGACUUCCCUAACCAUCCCCUCCUCCAAUCAAGUUGUCCUCGAACGAUUAUUCGUCUGCUUUGCCCUUUAAAAGUAACUUUUUCCAGCUCAGAAUCCAACCUUACAAUAUUACUCCUACCCUAAUCUCUCUCUCUCUCUCUCUCUCCUUCCUUCCUGUGACACCAAUGACAACUCACUCAACAGAACUCGACUCCAUCACUGCAGACUCACCCCGCCCCAUCACCGACGACGACACCCACCUGCCACGUGUACGGUUCAUGUGCAGCUUCGGUGGCAAAAUCCUGCCACGGCCCCACGACAACCAGCUCCGCUACGUGGGCGGCGACACCCGCAUCGUCGCCGUCCACCGCCACUCCGCCACCUACUCCUCCCUCCUCCACAAGCUCUCCAAAUUCACAGGUACAACCAACAUGAGCAUAAAGUACCAGCUCCCCAACGAAGACCUAGAUUCCCUCAUCACCGUAACUUCCGACGAAGAUAUCGAAAACAUGAUGGACGAAUAUGACCGUUUUGCCCUUAACAACGCCGGCUCCAGAUCGGCUCGACUCCGGCUAUUUUUGUUCUUGAACGACGUCGUUUCUAGAGCGGGUAGUAUAAGCUCGUUACUUGACGGGUCGACUAAAAGGGAACACUGGUUUCUCGAUGCCCUUAAUGGACAAAGCGGGUCGGGUUUGGACCGUGGGCGAUCCGAAGUGUCUUCUAUUGUAUCCGAAGUUCCGGAUUAUUUAUUCGGGUUGGAUAACCUGGAUGAGCAGCCUAGGGAGCCCAAGUGGAAGACCCGGCUGAAUUUGGCCGACAAUGUUUCAAAUUCGGAUCCGGGUUCACCCGCCCGGGUUGUCUCGUCCCCGUUUUGCUCGACCUCGUCGUUGGUGGUGCCACCGAACCCGGAGCUUUUGCCAGUUAAGACCAAACCCGACAACCCGGUUCGUGUGUUCAACCGGAAGGAGGCUCCGGUUGAGGUUGAGAGUUAUACCGAGGCCACUGAAAAGACAGACGGGUUGCCACCCGGGUACGCAGGAAACCCACAGUGGCGUUAUGUUCCGGAUCCUCAUUACCCGAGCCCCCCAUUACAACAUGUUCCCUUUUAUUAUGUCUCAAAUGCGGGUCCACCCGGAAAUGUUCCAAUCCACCCGGUUCAAAUCCGGGCGCCAUUUCAACCAUUUCCACCUCCACCGGGUCAGCUACCAGUUGGGUAUCCUCAGAUGGUUUCGGGUAUGGGUCAAGUCUAUGGUGGAGGAGUGAGGCCCGGGGCGUCAAUGGAUCCAUAUGAGGGUAUGCAUCAGCCGGUUUAUUACGCGGUUAAAAAUGCUUAUCCGGGUAUGGUUGUACCGGGCGGGGAGGAAUUUGCUGGGUCGGAGGCGAAGAUGGAUCGGGUCAACCAGUCCUGAUAUUUGGCUGGAUCAUAAUGCCCAUGGUUAAAUGGUAAAUGUAUUUUGAUUUUCUAUGGAUAUUUGGCUUUUUUGUGUGGUUGAAUGUGUAUCAUAUCUGGAUUGUAAUAGUAUCGUUUCCUCUUGUAGUGCUUCAAUACAAUCUUUGAAGAAAGAACAUGAGGUGA